AUGAGCUCCCAAAUUUGUCAGAAUUAUUCCACCGAGGUGGAGGCUGCUGUCAACCACCUGGUCAACCUGCAUCUGCAGGCUGCCUACACCUACCUCUCUCUGUGCUUUUAUUUCCACUGCCAAGAUGUAGCUCAGGAGGGUGUGGGCCACUUCUUCCAAGAGUUGGCCGAGAAGAAGCAAGAGGCAGCCCAGCGGCUCUUGAAGAUGCAAAACCAGCGCGGUGGUCGAGCCCUCUUCCAGGAUGUGCAGAAGCCUUCCCAAGAUGAGUGGGGUACAACUCAGGACGCCAUGGAAGCUGCCACUACCCGGGAGAAGAAUCUGAGCCAGGUCCUUCUGGAUCUGCACACCCUGGGUUCUACCCACACAGACCCUCACCUCUGUGAUUUCCUGGAGAACCACUUCCUGGAUGAGCAGGAGAAACUCAUCAAGAAGAUGGACGACCACCUGACUCACCUCCACAGGCUGGCUGAUCCCCAGUAUCUCUUAGAAAGGUUCACCCUCAGGCAUGACUAG